GCAUCUAUUAGCAAGCUAAAAGUAACUGAACCAUGGCUCAGUUUCCAACACCUUUUGGCGGCAACCUGGAUAUCUGGGCCAUAACUGUGGAAGAGCGAGCUAAACAUGAUCAGCAGUUUCAUAGUCUGAAACCAACAUCUGGAUUUAUCACUGGUGAUCAAGCUAGAAACUUUUUUUUCCAAUCUGGAUUGCCUCAACCAGUGUUAGCACAAAUAUGGGCACUGGCUGACAUGAACAAUGAUGGGAGGAUGGACCAGAUGGAGUUUUCCAUUGCUAUGAAACUUAUCAAACUAAAACUACAAGGUUAUCAGCUCCCCUCUGCACUCCCUUCUGCCAUGAAGCAGCCUCCCAUUGCUAUUCCUGGUGCACCAGGGUUCGGUAUCGGGGGCAUUGCCAACAUGCCAUCUCUUACAGCUGUAGCCCCAGUACCAAUGGCAUCCAUUCCAGUAGUAGGAAUGUCUCCACCUUUAGUAUCUUCUGUUCCUACAGCAGCAGUGCCUCCCCUAGCUAAUGGAGCUCCUGCUGUUAUACAACCUCUGCCUGCUUUUGCUCAUCCUGCCACAUUGCCAAAGAGUUCUUCCUUUAGUAGAUCUGGACCUGGGUCACAGUUAAAUGCUAAACUGCAAAAGGCGCAAUCAUUUGAUGUGGCUAGUGUGCCUGCUGUAGCAGAGUGGGCUGUUCCUCAGUCAUCAAGACUGAAAUACAGACAACUGUUCAAUAGCCAUGACAAAACAAUGAGUGGACACUUAACAGGUCCACAAGCAAGAACUAUCCUUAUGCAAUCAAGUUUACCACAGGCUCAGUUGGCUACAAUAUGGAAUCUUUCAGAUAUUGAUCAAGAUGGAAAACUUACAGCAGAAGAGUUUAUUUUGGCUAUGCACUUAAUUGAUGUGGCCAUGUCCGGCCAGCCUUUGCCACCUGCACUGCCUCCAGAAUAUAUUCCACCUUCAUUUAGAAGAGUGCGUUCUGGCAGUGGCAUCUCUGUGAUAAGCUCAGUAUCUGUAGACCAGAGGUUGCCAGAAGAACCAGUGUUGGAAGAAGAACAGCAACAAUUAGAAAAGAAAUUGCCAGUUACAUUUGAAGAUAAAAAACGUGAGAACUUUGAACGUGGCAAUCUGGAGCUUGAAAAGCGGAGGCAGGCCCUUCUGGAGCAGCAACGCAAAGAGCAAGAACGGUUAGCACAACUGGAACGGGCAGAGCAGGAAAGGAAAGAACGUGAACGACAGGAGCAAGAGCGUAAAAGACAACUGGAGUUAGAAAAGCAAUUAGAAAAACAACGUGAAUUAGAACGUCAAAGAGAAGAAGAAAGGCGGAAAGAAAUAGAAAGGCGUGAGGCUGCAAAAAGGGAACUUGAAAGGCAAAGACAACUUGAGUGGGAACGUAAUCGGCGGCAAGAACUACUAAAUCAAAGAAACAAAGAACAAGAGGACAUAGUUGUGCUGAAGGCAAAGAAAAAGACUUUAGAAUUUGAGUUGGAAGCUCUAAAUGAUAAAAAGCAUCAGCUUGAGGGAAAGCUUCAGGACAUAAGGUGUCGAUUGUCUAUCCAAAGACAUGAAAUUGAGAGCACAAACAAAUCUAGAGAACUGAGAAUUGCAGAAAUUACACACUUGCAACAGCAGUUACAGGAGUCUCAGCAGAUGCUUGGAAGGUUGAUUCCUGAAAAACAAUUACUCAAUGAUCAGCUAAAACAAGUACAGCAGAACAGUUUGCACAGGGAUUCUCUUCUUACUAUCAAAAGAGCCUUAGAAGCCAAGGAAUUAGUACGCCAGCAGCUUCGAGACCAAUUGGAUGAAGUAGAAAAAGAAACCAGAUCUAAACUACAGGAAAUUGAUACUUUCAAUAAUCAAUUAAAGGAGCUGAGAGAGAUACAUAACAAGCAGCAGCUUCAGAAGCAAAAGACCUUAGAAGCUGAAAGGCUGAAACAGAAGGAGCAAGAGAGGAAGAUGAUAGAAUUGGAAAAGCAAAAAGAAACCCAAAGACGAAACCAGGAAAGGGAUAAACAGUGGCUUGAUCGAGUGCAACAGGAGGAAGAGAACCAGUGGCAAAAAAAACUUCAGGAAGGUGAAAAGCAAAAAAGGGAAGAAAUAAUCAAGAAGAAAGAUAGUGAGGAUAAGGGCAAACAGGAAAUGCAAGAUAAACUGAAUAAGCUUUUCCAUCAACAUCAAGAGCCAGCCAAGCCGGCCAUUCAGGCACCGUGGUCAAGUGCAGAAAAAGCUCCACUGACUAUUUCUGCUCAGGAGGAUGUAAAAAUAGUGUAUUAUCGAGCAUUGUAUCCCUUCGAAGCCAGAAGCCAUGAUGAAAUCACUAUUCAACCAGGUGACAUAGUCAUGGUGGAUGAAAGCCAGACUGGAGAACCUGGGUGGCUGGGAGGAGAACUGAAAGGAAAGACUGGAUGGUUCCCUGCAAACUAUGCAGAGAAAAUACGUGACAAUGAAGUUCCAACCUCUCUGAAACCAGUAGUUGAUGCUACAGUGGCACCUAAAGUUUCUUUGCGUGAAACACCUCCACCUCUGGCAGCUCCAGCUUCGAUAGAAUCAACUGCAACCACCAACAACUGGGCAGACUUCAGUUCAACGUGGCCAACCAGCACUAGUGAAAAACCAGAGACUGAUAAUUGGGAUGCUUGGGCAGUUCAGCCUUCUCUGACUGUUCCAAGUGCAGGGCAGGUAAGGCAGAGAUCCGCCUUUACCCCUGCCACUGUUACUGGAUCAUCACCCUCCCCUGUCCUGGGGCAGGGUGAAAAAGUAGAGGGGCUUCAAGCACAGGCUUUGUAUCCUUGGAGAGCCAAAAAAGACAACCAUCUAAAUUUUAACAAAAAUGAUAUCAUCACAGUUCUGGAACAGCAAGACAUGUGGUGGUUUGGAGAGGUCCAAGGUCAAAAGGGAUGGUUUCCUAAAUCAUAUGUGAAACUUAUUUCAGGCCCCAUAAGAAAGUCAACAAGCAUGGAUUCUGGUUCUUCAGAAAGUCCUGCUAGUUUAAAGAGAGUAACAUCACCAGCAACUAAACCGGCUAUGUCAGGUGAAGAAUAUAUUGCCAUGUACACAUAUGAGAGUUCGGAACAAGGAGACUUAACCUUUCAACAAGGAGAUAUGAUUCUUGUGACAAAAAAAGAUGGUGACUGGUGGACAGGAACAUUGGGUGAUAAAUCUGGAGUCUUUCCUUCUAAUUAUGUGAGACUGAAAGAUUCUGAGGUCCCUGGAACUGCUGGAAAAACAGGAAGUUUAGGGAAGAAACCUGAAAUUGCCCAAGUUAUUGCCUCUUAUACAGCAACAGGACCUGAACAACUUACCCUUGCUCCUGGUCAACUGAUACUUAUCAGAAAGAAGAAUCCAGGUGGAUGGUGGGAGGGAGAGCUCCAAGCACGAGGGAAAAAACGACAGAUAGGAUGGUUCCCUGCUAACUAUGUAAAACUUUUAAGUCCUGGUACCAGUAAAACUACACCAACUGAGCCACCUAAAUCAACAGUAUUACCUUCCGUGUGCCAAGUAAUUGGCAUGUAUGACUACACUGCACAGAAUGAUGAUGAACUGGCAUUCAACAAAGGCCAGAUCAUAAAUGUCCUGAACAAGGACGACCCAGACUGGUGGAAAGGAGAAGUGAAUGGACAAGUGGGUCUCUUCCCAUCCAACUAUGUGAAACUAACGACAGAUAUGGACCCAAGCCAGCAAUGGUGUGCUGACUUACAUCUCCUAGACAUGCUAACACCUACUGAAAGAAAAAGGCAGGGAUACAUCCACGAACUGAUCGUAACAGAAGAGAACUAUGUAAAUGACCUGCAGUUAGUCACAGAGAUCUUCCAGAAACCAUUGAUGGAGUCUGAGCUGCUAACAGAAAAAGAGGUUGCUAUGAUUUUUGUUAAUUGGAAGGAGUUGAUUAUGUGCAAUAUCAAACUACUGAAAGCACUGCGUGUUCGUAAAAAGAUGUCUGGAGAGAGGAUGCCAGUGAAAAUGAUUGGCGACAUACUUACAGCACAACUACCACACAUGCAACCUUACAUUCGGUUCUGUAGCUGCCAACUCAAUGGGGCAGCACUAAUUCAGCAGAAAACAGAUGAAGUCCCAGAGUUCAAGGAGUUUGUUAAAAGGUUAGCGUGAAGUUUUCUGCUAAAGCCUAUGCAAAGGGUAACAAGAUACCCACUAAUAAUUAAAAAUAUAAUAGAAAACACUCCUGAAAAUCACCCUGAUCAUAGUCACUUGAAGCAUGCUCUGGAAAAAGCAGAAGAAUUGUGUUCCCAAGUAAAUGAAGGGGUGCGUGAGAAGGAAAAUUCAGACAGGCUGGAAUGGAUCCAGGCUCAUGUUCAGUGUGAAGGCCUGUCUGAGCAACUCGUAUUUAAUUCGGUUACCAACUGCUUGGGGCCACGCAAGUUUCUGCACAGUGGGAAACUCUACAAAGCCAAGAGCAACAAGGAACUGUAUGGUUUUCUGUUUAAUGAUUUCCUCCUGUUGACUCAGAUCAUAAAGCCCCUCGGUUCCUCUGGUACAGACAAGGUCUUCAGCCCCAAGUCUAAUCUGCAGUAUAAAAUGUACAAAACUCCCAUUUUUCUAAAUGAGGUACUAGUAAAAUUACCCACAGACCCUUCUGGAGAUGAGCCUAUCUUCCAUAUCUCCCACAUUGAUAGAGUCUACACGCUUCGCGCAGAAAGCAUAAACGAAAGGACGGCCUGGGUGCAGAAAAUUAAAGCUGCUUCUGAACUGUACAUAGAGACGGAAAAGAAGAAGAGGGAAAAGGCCUACUUAGUUCGCUCCCAAAGGGCAACAGGCAUUGGAAGGUUGAUGGUGAACAUUGUUGAAGGCAUUGAACUGAAACCCUGCAGGUCACAUGGAAAGAGUAACCCAUACUGUGAGGUAACAAUGGGCUCUCAGUGUCACAUCACCAAGACUAUGCAGGACACCCUCAAUCCUAAAUGGAACUCUAACUGCCAAUUUUUUAUCAAAGACCUGGAGCAGGAUGUUCUGUGCAUAACUGUAUUUGAAAGGGAUCAGUUCUCCCCGGAUGACUUUUUGGGCCGAACUGAAAUCCGUGUGGCAGACAUUAAAAAGGAUCAGGGCUCAAAGGGACCAGUUACAAAGUGUCUUCUCCUGCAUGAAGUCCCGACAGGAGAGAUAGUAGUCCGACUAGAUCUGCAAUUGUUUGAUGAGCCUUAGAGGGAAAUACACCAAUGUUUCACUUUAAUCUGAGUUCACUGCAAUAGGUGUCUGCAGAAGCUGUCUAGAAAUCUUUAUUCAUGUUAUAUGAAACUACUGCUUGUCCUUCAUGUGCAAGAGGGUUAUCAAAGCAAUCAGAAAAAUCUCUGUGCAUUGAUAAUCCUUGCUGAAAAUUGAAUCCUAGAUUUGGGAACAGAUCUCUGUCUCUGUGUGGAACGUCAUUAUACCUUUCAGGGUUUCCGAAGUAACAUAGUUGUAACUUGUGCUUCAAGUUGAAAGGUGAGCAAACCAUGUAGAUUGAUGCACUUACUCUAGAUACUGUAAUGUUUAAUUUAAAUGCAGAAGGCGCUGAUUGUAUGUUUGAAGGAUUUGGUAAAUUUCCCCAUAGGAAUCUUGUGCCUAUAGCUCCACAAAGUGGUGUAUAAACAUGACAUGAAUGAACAUUUACCAGGUAAGAAAAUCUCUGAUUUUCUUUAGGAUUGUUAUGGUGGUAUUUGAAAUGUUGCUGUUUUUAAAUAGAUUGUUAGAUAGAUAGAUUUAAACACAGAAGGUACUUUUAUUGCACUCUAAAAAUAAGGUUUAAUUGAAACUUAAAUAGUACACAGGCCUUGUGCUAACACUCUCCACAGAGGUGAAUUUCACCUUAAGAGAAUACCACCAUUUCCAGGGGGAGGGGUAACUGUAAAAGUUUGAACAAGAAGUGAAGGAGAUAGAGGACCCUGCUGAAUGUUGUACUGUACCACUUAAAUACUUCUUUACUAUUGCUGCUUAAUUGUGUGAAAGCUGAUGGAUGAUCAAGUCACUAGCUGUGACAAAAAUCACCGCUCUAGCUCAGGAAGUGAAUUUAUACCCUGUAGAGUCUAGCUGGGAAAGCAAUCAGUGGUGACAGGUUAUGAAGUUGUACUGUGCCUAAAUAUAUUUGACAUCUUGAUUUUGAAAUCAGGACAGUAGCACACUGUAGCUCACAAAAGGUGUUAAUUACAAACCAGGUUCAUUAUGAGUAUGUUGGCUAUAUUAGAUGUGACCAGAAAAAAAUAAAUCUUUGUGUGUAAUUGUGCAGAGUAAGUAACCCCAUAGUAACAGGGGUCUUGUCAUCUUGGGGGUGGGGCAGAGAUUAACAGGUAACUCCCCUCACAUAGAUAAGCCCUGAUUCAGCAAACCUUCCCAAUUCAACAAAGAACCUAACUUUUACAUAUGUGCUUAAGUCCCAUUUACUUUAAGCAUAUGCUCAAGUGUUUUUGUGAGUUGGUACCUCAAGGACAAUAGAGCCCCUAAGAGAGUAUAGUCCAUCAUUGUUCCAUUUUUGUUCAUUACCUAAAUAUCAUGCAUAAACUGGUAUUUUUGUAAUGACUUUAUUUCAGAAUGAGGUGUCAGCCCCUUCGUUAGCAUGUUAACGUUCUUGUGGAGCUUGUUGUUAGGUUUUGAUGUUCUUUGCAUGUCAUUUUGGUACUAGUUCAUUUUGGUACUAGUUUCCACCUUUCUUGUAUAGAUGGUGUUCUCUGGAGAGCACUACAAGUCAUCAUGAUUUCCAUUAGGAAAUUAGGAUAUCUUCAUAAUGAAUAGCUAGAUACAGUAUGGUAAUAAGUGUAAGCUGUGCUGGGAAGUGUCUGUGUAUUAUAAUUUCCUUUAAGACCACUGUAAUGUUUCAAGAAAUGGAAAAACAAAAUCCUGUAUGUUGGAAGGACAACGAAGUUUACAUUUCAUACUUUUUAAAAUCUCUUUAUUAUUUAUUUAUUGAUGAUAGUGUAGAAUUUUGUAUCAGAAAUGACAGACAUUCUUAUGUAUUUUUUGAACAAAACAGAGAUACACACUUUAGUUAGAAACUUUCAACUGACCAAGUUUUAGAGGAAGUUUAACUUCAAGGCAUGUGUUUGUUUACCACUAACUGGCUCUGAAAACACAAUUAAAAGAACUUUAAGUUUCUAUUUUUCAAUGUUGUUAAGAAAAAUGUUUCAAUUAAAAUCUGUAAAUAGAACUAAACCCAUGGUUUCCUAUUUCCAUAUCAGUACAUUUUAUUAAAUAUAAUGUAUAUGAAAAUACACAUUGUUGUGGUAGGAAAAAAGUGAUAAAAAUCUAUUAAUGGAGUAACAUUAAAUGUCAUUGUUCUAACCUUUUUACUGCUGUCCUAAUUUUACUCACCAGCUGUAAAUAAGUUCAGUGUUCCAAUUAAUGGUUUACAAAAUAGUUACACUUGCAUGGUCAUUUUUUAAGGUCUCUUGUCACCAGACAUGAAUUCUAGUGAAAAAUUGAACCAUCUUGGGCACAAAGAAAAAUCUAAGCUAUUAUUUUUAUAUUACCCUGUGGGAGGUGCCCAAAUUCUGUUGAAAUUCAGUUGGAAUUGGACACCUACAAGCUUUUAGGAAAAUGCCAGCAUUAAUCUUAACAUGACUAAUCACACUUUAUUUUGUAACUGUAACAGAUCUGAGGGCUUGUCUGGCUAACAUCACUUGUCUCAAAUGAUAGCCUAAUCUUGAGGCACAGAGAUGUAUGUGUCUAAUCCCUAUUAAUUCAAAUUGGAAAUCUACAAAGAUAAUAAUGAGGUGAGCAUGGAGGUUCCCCAAAGCUUCCCUCCUCCUGUCACAGGAAAUUAAUUACAUUGGCUACAAGAACCUAAUACCAUGGUGUCCAACACGCUA